AUAUCUGACAUAUAGCUAACAUAUUAAUUAUGUAUCACAUAGGGUUCACAGAUUCAUAAAUAAUGUACUAAAGACAAGGUUUCAUUUCUUUCUCCAUUAUUUAAAACCAAUAUAAAAGUUUCUUACAUUCGUGGUCUAAUAAUGUAAACAUAACAAGCAUACAAUGUUUACGAUUAGUUGUUAUGAUCUCCACCCGUUGGCAGCAAAGUAUCGAAAAAUAUGGCAAAUUGCUCAGCAUGCUUCCGACUGCAUGAUGGUUCUAAUGGCUGUGAGCUGCUGCAAGUGCUGGAGUUUAAAUAUCGGAGAUUCCGAUUCGUCUGACGACGAUGAUUCAAUAAACUCGUACAAGAUAACAGCAAAAACGAAAUCCAAUAUUCUUAAGUCUGGUGUCAAUUUAUCAAAAACCCAAGAAGAUCCCAAAGAACACCAAGUUGAAGUCGAAAUUCACCACCACGAUGGCGCUGGCGAUGUUGGAGGAAGCAAGCACAUAGUCGAGAUGCUAUUAGACUCAGAUAGCGAAGUAAAGUCAGAUGUGAAUGCGUCAGAUCAGAAACUAGUCUUCGAGUCUUCAGUGUCGUCAAUAGAGAGCAAAAUUGGAGGCGUUAAGAACGAUUGCUACCAGGACAGCGAUUCGGAGGAUAUUGAGAUCAUAGAAAUGGUAGAUCGACUGGAUAAUACCUUAGCUUUCCAUUCAAAGAGCAGCAGCUUCGAAAUCACCAACGAGUGUUAUACAGAAGACACCGUCAGCACAUGCCUCAAUUCCAGCGUCAUGAGAAGUUCGCUUGUGGAAAUCAAGCAAACUGCCCACGUCGAGGCAAGGUCAUCGCUACAAUCGGCUUCUCGUUUCCCCUCAGUGCAUUCAACCAGAAAGACAGAUAAAAAUAUCAACAGACUGAAUGGCGACGACUUACCAGUUUAGCACCUGUGUACGGCUUUAACAUUAC